AUGGAGGCGGGUCAAGGCAACGCAACAUCAGGCCAAGGAAAACAGGCAACGCAACAUCAAGCCACGGGGAAAAACAGGCAACGCAACAUCAGGCCACGGGGAAAAACAGGCAACGCAACAUCAGGCCACGGGAAAAACAGGCAACGCAACAUCAGGCCACGGGGAAAAUCAGGCAACGCAACAUCAGGCCACGGGGAAAAUCAGGCAACUCAACAUCAGGCCGCGGAAAAAUCAGGCAACGCAACAUCAGGCCACAAAAAAUCAGACAACGCAACAUCAGGCCACGGGGAAAAACAGGCAACGCAACAUCAGGCCACGGGGAAAACAGACAACGCAACAUCAGGCCACGGGGAAAAACAGACAACGCAACAUCAGGCCACGGGAAAAACAGACAACGCAACAUCAGGCCACGGGGAAAACAGGCAACGCAACAUCAGGCCACGGAAAACAGGCAACGCAACAUCAAGCCACGGGAAAAAACAGGCAACGCAACAUCAGGCCACGGGAAAAGAGCAACGCAACAUCAGGCCACGGGGAAAAACAGGCAACGCAACAUCAGGUCACGGGGAAAAACAGGCAACGCAACAUCAGGCCACGGGGGAAAACAGGCAACGCAACAUCAGGCCACGGGGGAAAAACAGGCAACGCAACAUCAGGCCACGGGGAAAAACAGGCAACGCAACAUCAGGCCACGGGGAAAAAACAGGCAACGCAACAUCAGGCCACGGGAAAACAGGCAACGCAACAUCAGCCACGGGAAAAUCAGGCAACGCAACAUCAGGCCACGGGGAAAACAGGCAACGCAACAAAGCCACGGGAAAUCAGGCAACGCAACAUCAGGCCACGGGGAAAAACAGGACAACGCAACAUCAGGCCACGGGAAAAUCAGGCAACUCAACAUCAGGCCACAGGGAAAAACAGGCAACGCAACAUCAGGCCACGGGGAAAACAGACAACGCAACAUCAGGCCACGGGGAAAAAACAGGCAACGCAACAUCAGGCCACGGGAAAACAGACAAACAACAUCAGGCCACGGGGAAAAACAGACAACGCAACAUCAGGCCACGGGAAAAACAGAGCACUCCUAAGUACCACACGCCCAUGAGUGCCACAGUGCUCCUGAGUGCCACAGCGCCCCUGAGUGUCACAGCGCCCCUGAGUGCCACAGCUCCCCUGAGUGUCACGGUGCCUAUGAGUGCCACAGCGCCCCUGAGUGUCACAGCGCCCCUGAGUGCCACAACGCCCCUGAGCGCCACAGCUCCCCUGAGUGUCACAGCGCCUAUGAGUGCCACAGCGCCCCUGAGUGCCACAGUGCCCCUGAGUGUCACAGCUCCCCUGAGUGCCACAGUGCCCCUAAGUGUCACAGCGCCCCUGAGUGUCACAGGGCCCCGAGUGCCACAUUACUUCUGA